AUCAGCAAGAAAAGAAACCAAACCCGGUUUGUGAUGUUCUGAAGAUCAUCAACCUAGAGAAGAGAAAAAAGUGCAGAAAAUUAACGAAGCAAAAGUGAACCAAACCAAGAAAAAAAAAUUGCAACAGUAUGCCUUCAAUGGAGGCAGCUGUAGCAAGUGAACCUACAAUUUGGACGAACAGUUAAUGAGCUAUCACCGUAAACAUCGGUUCUGAGGUAGCAGCAGUUGUUGAUAAGCAUGCGACUGCAUUUUUUCGACCGAUUCGAGAAACCGGUAGUAUGGUGUACUAAUUAUUAUCACCGUCGUCGUUCAGCAUGUGAAGAAGUGUUGCUUGACCCGUUCUAGCAAAGGUUAAGUAAGGAAAAGAGAAAAGUUGUGUCCCAAAGAUUGUAAUUUGAAUUUGUGGUAGUGAUAGUGUCUGUCCAAAGCAUGACGUCGACAACAACGGCCAAUGGUCCGAUUGUUUCGUCGAAAAUCAACCAAGCAAAAACUGACAGUAAUGAAGGGUCCAGAGAAUAUUCUUCCUUGGGAUUUGAUACAACAGACUUUGUUGCAUCAAGGAAGACUGAAAUAGAUAGCGACGAUGAAUACAACACCCUUUUCACCAGGAAGCUAUCGCUGGAUAGUCAACUCAACAGCACUGCCAUUUUCACCGGAUCCUGCCCAUCGCCCUCCUCCAUGGACGACUACCGAGGAGGCUUACUCAGUCCCUCCAAGGUAGAAAGUGUUCCUAAUGCGCCAACCAUCUCAAAGCGUCCAAGCGGAUCGAGUUUCGGCUUCGAGAAUACGUUUGCAAUACUCGAACAGCAACUAUCAAGUAAAAAGCAAACAGCCCAGCAGAUCCGAGAGUUUCUCAAGUACAACGAACUGUACAAAACGCCAGUAUUUUGUGAUGCAUCUCCACUGUCGUCCGGUGGCGUCGGUUUACUGCGAAGUAUCAGUGAACACACAGAGAAUUCGUUAGAUGACGCCACGGACAAUGAAGACAGUGAACCACCGAGUUUCCUGGAGCUGGAACUGGAGGCGUCCAGUAGGCUACGCAAGCUUAGAGAGCGUAUCGGAGGCAGCAGUCAGUCUGUCGAAAGUCAAGCGGAACAGCAGAACAUAAAAUCCCCUAUGGUGGAAGCGCUGUAUGGCAUUAGUGCGGAAAUUUUGGCUCGGGCAGGAUCCGAACGAAAGGUGCAUCCCAAUCCGGAGAUGUUUUUGAAGAGUGAAGCUAGUGAUGUUACAGCGGCAAGUGGUAGUGGUGGUGCUGGUGAUAAAGUAGUUGCUGGGGACGAAAGCGGAACCGGUCAAGCUGGAGAGUAUCCGGAAUAUUUGUAUCAUGUAGCGAAGGGACCCGAUGGGCGAAUGUACUUGAAAGUGGUGCGCAGUUUGCUGUUGGACUCAGUCCUAUGUGGUAACCGGGUGAGCCAAAUGACCCGCGCUUACGAUGACAUCGACGCCGUAACGCGACUGCUGGAAGAAAAGGAGAAGGACCUGGAGCUGACGGUGCAGAUCGGGAAGGAACUGCUAGCCCAGAACACCAACCUCGAGAGCCGGGUCGCCGAGCUGGAGCAGGAGCUGAAGAACACCAACGAAAACCUGUCGCAGCUGGCCCACGAGCUGCACAAGAAGAACGAGCUGAUCGGCAUCCUGACCAACGAUGCCGACGACAGCAGCGAGAAUGUUACACCUACCUGCUCCAAGUCCAUUAAUUUGGAGCUGCUGCAGCGGAAGGUCAAAUCCCUGGAAGAUGAGAACAAAUCACUCCGGUGCGAGGCCGCCCAGCUAGUAAAGGAAACGGACGAGUGCGAGGAGCAGGAACGGAAACUGAUGGCCGACAUCGCCAACCAGCUGAGCACGGCCAACAGCGAGUACGAUGGGCUGAAUCUAGAGCUAGAAAGACUGAAGGAAGAAAAUCGGCUGCAGCAUGAACAAAUUAUUAGCCUCACGUCGCGCCUGUCGGAGGCGGAAAUCCGAUUGCAUCAGCUUACCACGGAGAACGAGGAAGCGUCCUCGUUGCUCAGUAUUACCAAAGAGAACCAGAACUUGCUGGCGGGUGAGCUGGCCGAGUUCAAGGCACGGUAUCAAGAGGUCCUAAAUCUAUUGCAAGAAACGCAGGAGCAGCUAAGGCGCCAAAGAAAACGUGCCCAACCGUUGGUCAGAAGCUCGUUGAUCCCGGGAAUGGGAGGCGUACCUGCGGCAGAUUCGUUACAGUCGGAACUGAUGGAAACUUCGCUGUUCUCGGAUCAUAGUUUGGACUCGGGUAUUGCAUCUGAACAUGGGGGUCCAUCACAUCAUCUGCCGGCGUACAAAAAGAUCUUCGAAACGGUACGUUCGGCUACCCGAGCCAAUACAGCCGGGUUCAGUGAUAACUACUCCCAAAUGGGAUCGAUGAUGAUGAGCUCGUCUUCUCAGCCCCGGAUGAGUCCGUACGUUUUCCCUGGUGGAACUGCCGGAACGACGACUACGCACUCUUACAAAGGUGGUUCUUCCGUUUACAGCACAAUGUACGAAAGCUCUUUGGGCGGACGGACGUUUUCGCGAGAAAGUUUGGUUUCUGAGUCGGAAGACGGCUACCCAGGACAAGCACAAGCCGGAAUACCUGGUGCUCCCGGUGCCAAAGACCUCGAGGCAGCUCUGAAACGGUUGACACCGGCCGAAGUUUUAGCUCGUAGAGCAAUGCUCCAGCAUGCACCCGCCGGAACCUAUAGCUACGACGAUCAACCGAGUGGAAUUCCUCUGGGAUGUCGCACUCCAGACAGCAUCAUGUCUACCGGAUCAUCGGGUCUAUCUGGCAUGUCCUCGAACCAGUGGCGUCUUCCGGAGAAACUGCAGAUUGUUAAACCCAUAGAAGGUUCCCAGACUCUUCAUCACUGGUCCCGUUUGGCGACUCCAACGCUGAGUGGGCUGUUGGAGGAACGACCUGGUGUUACUAUUCGUGGUGGGCGUGGCUUAGACGACCUUGGUCUACAGACGUAUUCCUUGUCGGAUGUAGAAGAAGACGCCGAAGAACAUCCGGGCAAACGCUUCCCUUCGUUCGGUUGCACCUAUACCUACACCACAAGUACUGUUAUGCACCCGGAUGACGGCAGCUUGGCCGUUACCUUUAGCCUUCCACCAUCGCAGAUGUCGUCCCAAAUGACCUCCGAGUGUCCUUCGAGACAACCAACUGCACCGUCUACACCUAGAACGGGUCUUUCACGCCGAAAUUCUUGUUCAACGUUUUCGGUUAAUCUUGGUUUAGCUUCGGUGCUCAACGAGCGAGGUAUCAAGGCUGUUACCCCAAGCGCCCUGAAUACUCCAGCUGGUCCCAACUAUUCGCCUACAGUAACACCCUGUAAUAGCCCUGAGGGUUCUCCCACACGAUCGAUGUCUCCAGAACCACCGCUUCUGUCUGGGUUGCUAGCAUCGGGGGCCGAUAUCUUGCGCAAAAAGUUCGCUGUUGCGUCUUCUUCAAGUGAAAUGGAGCGACCAUCGCGAUUAACGGCUCGCAACAAACUCGCGCUUUCAAGACUCGAGAAGAAAGCUCUUCGGUCAAUCAAAAUUAUGGAAAAGGUUGAGAGUAUGGGUGUGGACAAUUUCAUGCCCCACGGUAGCCACGGCAUAAGUCCGCUGGCUUUGCAUGGAUCUUCUGCCCUAUACACCUCUACGGUUCGAGGUCGAACGUCAAGUCCAAUGGCACAACUGACAAGUCUAAAGCAUCUACAGGACAACAGUCGCCUCAAACAACAGCAGGAUGAGCUUACCAUUGAUAAGGAAACCAUCAAAGCUGUCCUGAGCAAAGGUCUUUCCCACGACAGCCUGAAGAACAUUUCUUCUGGCGCUAGUGAUGUCUCGUCGGGAAGCUCUUCAUCAUCGACCUCUGGUGUUUAUGCCGAUAGUGAUACUGCAUCAUCGGUGAGUGGUGUGAGGCCUUUGGCUUCUACGGCAAAACCCUCGGCAAAGACCGGCAAGGACGUCAAAGAGAAGGACAAACCAGCAACAUCUCCCACAACAGCUGCACGGUUGAAGCAGAUGCAGCGACAAAAGAGUCGCCGUAAUCUGCUGAACGGUGCCAACGGUUCUCAGCGCCCGGACCUGGGUACGGUGAACGGGAACUCGGGAAGACAGGCAAGUGUACGGCCUGACUUGGGUACGGUAGGUAGUAGCAAUAAGAGCAACAGCAACAACAAUAAGAGCAAUAGCAGAAACGAGUCAGCUCCAGGCAGCGCUGGAGCAGCAGCGUCUUCUUCUUCUUCAGCUACACCGGAAGCAAGUCGUUCGCUGGGUCAAAGCGUUUACGGUACCAUCAGUUCUCUACUGUUCGGGCGUAAAGGUGGACUUCUGUAAGAAAAAAAACACAUAUUAUUUUUGCCUAUCAGAAAGUUAUGCCCAAUUAUCAUAACAUUAAUUCGUUUAUUUUUCCUUUUAGCCAGUUUAUAACCUUUCUGGUUUUCAUUUUCAUGCGCCAUAAGAAUUGAAAGUGGAGUUUCAUUUACUCACUUAUAAUUGCAUAAUUAAUUGUGCAGCUUUAUUUUCAAGUUUUCCUAAUAAAUGACAAACGAGCAGGAUGCUUAAAUUUUCGAUAAAAACUUGCACAAAUUGCUCUCUUUGCUGAUUCUAAAAAACUUCUCGUAGUACGUACCCCUUAAAAGGAUAAAUUUGAACAAAGAACAUAAUUAACUACGUAUCGUAGAUUACCAACAAAUAGUCUUAAAUAUUACGUUUUCUUGUAUUUCGUAAGAUUACUUCGUUUGGUUCAAAGGAAUAAAAUUAUCAACUCGGUACGCACACUUACAACGUACAUGAUAAUUCUGUACACAUUCCAGUGAAUGAUUCAGUGAUAUACAUUUAGAAACCAAUAUUAACCUUCACCCCUUUAUUAUUUUGCAUUUGGCUUCUCUUCUGCUACACUGACUUAAAUUGUUAUAUAAAGAAUAUUUUCCAAGUUUCUUUUCCAAAGAGAGCAAUUUAUGAACUUUUUUUUUUUUAAUUUCGAAAUCACUAUGAUAAGUUGCAUUUCAAUGUUUUCUUCAAAUCCUCAUCUCGUUAAUUCAGUUUGAAGCCUGAAUUAUUUCUGAUGUUAAUUAGCAUUUAGCUAUCCUCUUCAAUCAUUUUAUUUUAGCAACAUGAAACAGCUUGUUGCCUUUCUUUAAUACCUAAUUACUCGUACCUUCGUACUUGUAAAAUGGCUGAAUAUUUUCUAUUAGAAGCCCGUUAUAAUUCUAAUCUACAACGACCACACCGUCUAUAAUUUAUUGCUCAUCUGUUUCAUUAACUCCUCCCUAAACAUGUGUUUUGUCGCUCGAACCGUAAUUUAAAACGAAGUGUGGCUAGUGUGUCGAUGGACAAUUAACCUGAACAGGGAUAAACCGGUGUAACCUGUUCAAUCCUCCGAAAAAGGUUUCGGCACCCAGUUCCGGAUUUUUCUCUAGGGAAAAAUCCGUGCAAACAUAAGAUUGUGCCACCGUCCAUCGUUUACAAGCCCAUUUAGCUAAAGUUAUUGAAUGUGCCUUUAUUUCAGUAUCAGACAAGAGUUCUUUUUUGUUUGUACCUAUUUCAAAUCAAAAUCUAUAGUACACCUUUCAAAAUUGUUUGUGUUUACUCCUAUUGGCGUCUUGUUUUGCUUUUCUUUCGCAAGAAAAUUGCUUCAAGAUAAUUUUCCUUGUUUGUUUCUUGUAGCUUUUUGGUUUCUGAUUCGAAAUUUUAAUGAAGUUGAAAGCGACAAUACACUUUUUAGCGGUGUUAGUUUAUUUUUUUGUCUUUAGUUUUCCUUCAUAUCUAUCCUUACACUCUAUAUAAACUAUUAUUUGAAUACGUUUGUGAAAUUAGACUGCUUUUAUUAGAGACUGUAGCUAGCGCUAGAUGAUUUAAAUUCUAUUUGUAUAAGCUUAUCACAUCUUUAUAACUACUAUUCGUACAUGUUUUUGCACACUGUUUCAACCUUCGAAGGCCAUCAGAUGGCAUUCGUUUUAAUCAAAGUUUUCACUAUUGCUUACCCAUCUGUUGUUAUCUGGUGCAUUAUUCUUUCCCACUCUUCAUCUAUCAACGAUCCAAUCGAAAGGUGCUCCUUAUGCUAAAUCACGUUAAAGAAUCUUCCCGUGAAUGGUUCAAAAACGAAAUGUUUUGAUUAAUAAAGGCCUUUGAAGCUGACAUGUAAAUAACAUCUAUUAAAUUUAAACUAAUUGUUUGCAAAAACAUUCAAAUGAUUAAAACUAACACAAAACAUAAACAAACAUUUGUAGAUAAUUAUUUAGUUAAGCAAAGCUCUUGUAGAGGAACGAUUGAGGGAGAAAAUCUCCCCUUACCGUAAAUUAAGCAGUAAGUAUUUAUUUUUCUACUGACCCCAAGAUGCGACCAGAACAGAAAAAAUAGUGCUGGCAAACUUUAGACGUUGUUAAAUGAUUUUAAUACGAACACCACUAAGUCCAGCUUUCUGUGCAGUCCUAUUAGGACCAUGCUCACAUAGCAAUUGUUACUUAUCGCCACUGAUAGUCGCCAACAGAAAAAAAAGUGAAUUAAUAGUAGAGAAAAGUUCUCCCUCUUUUCUAACCAGUAAAAGUCCCAUGCACUUCACAUCCACUGUUACCAAAUCAGCGCCCACAGACAUCACGUAUUUUGAAAUUUUCAAACGUACAAAUCAUUAAAAUUUCCAAUAAAUAAAACAAACAGAUAAGAACUUAUAAAUAAUGAAUAAGAGGGAGUUCUUCCUAAACAAAACCCGUUAAAACUUACUGACUUCAGAGUCGUUCACAAACGAAAAAAAAACGAAAAUGUUUACAAAGUGAGAACAAACACACAAAGAUGGUAGCGUAUAUAGGACGGAGAGCAAAAGACCGGUUCGUCAAAGAAAUGUUGAAUAAUUGUAUUAUUAGAAUGUUAAUGGGAAAACUGACAACAGACAAACAAACGAACGUAAACGUGAAAAUCAAAAUAAAACAAGAAACACACAUGUACGGUAAUUACAACCAGAAGUUAUUUUAUUUUCUGCAGGAAUAUUAAUUAAGGAAAAUAAAAACGUAAACAUUAUUACAAAUUA